AUGCAGUGUCUGCAACAGCGUUUUCGAGAAGGCGGUUUUGAUGUAACUUUAUUCAGGAUGAACGACAACAAUUCAGAAGAACCGUCUGUAGUUAACAGCAAUUCGUGCCUUAUUUGCCAGACAAAGAGAGGUAAAGAUGAUCAAAAACAUCUUUCGAAGUUGUCCAGUCAGGGUGCAACCAAGCUGGUAGAAUGUGUCGAACAACGCAAAACAGCCCACGAUUGUCAAUUCAGUGGUGCUAUACUCAGGAUUUUACAAAAUAUACGGGGUCCCGCAUGUGAAAAUAACUUUGUGACUCAUAACAAUUGUUAUGCAACAUUUACUGCAAGAAGAAAUAUCGAAACGCUCCAACAGAAAAACGACUCAAAUAUGGACAAGGCGGCCAAAACAGAUGCUAUGCCUCAGAAAGUAACAAGAUCUAAAUCCUUGAAAUUUGAUAAACUCAAAUGUAUAGUGUGCCAGCAAGACUCUAAAGAGCAUCUACGCUUAGUGAUGUCAACAAAUAUGCACAUGAAGCUAACAGAGCUCUCCAAAUAUGACUACAAGCUGAAUAUUAAAGUGAAUGCAGUUGGUGAUUUGAUUGCCGCAGAUGCCAUGUAUCAUAGCACGUGUCUUGUCAGGCUUGGCAGAGUGAAAGAUGCGAUGGAUGCGGCGACAAAAAAUGAGGACCGGAGAAACAUGCUACCAUUUUGGCAACUUUGUAAGGAACUUCGAGUUGCUGCUUCUCUCGAAAAGAUAUUGAAAUUGGACGAUGUAUGGCAGAGGUACGUCAAUCUAGCAAAGAGCUUAGACGUUGACAUCCCAGUUUCAUUUGAGUCUCGGCGAAGUUCUUUUAAAACUAAGCUGGAAGAGGAAUUGGGAGGAAUUUACCAGUUUUUCCAACCUUUAAACAGAGACGUACACGAGAGACAAAUGUUGCUCAUUCCCGUACCAGUAGGUAAAAAGGCAGCUACUGAAAACUCCUCGAACGUGGAUGAUGACUUUGAUUUACCUUCGCACGAGCCUGAUGAUUUUUUCCGUACUAUCGUACACUGUGCUCUGAAAGUAAGAGGAGAUUUGAUGGCCUUGCCGGGUCAUUGUAGUUUCGAGAUUUCCCAAGGUGCUGUAGUAAAAAUAAUUCCUGAUUCCUUGCACCUGUUUUUGGGUGUCCUCAUACAAGGUGAAGAGGUUUUAGAUUCGAUAGGUGAUGUGGCAGACGCCGAGGACAGGGACGAAGCCGGAAUCACUGAAGCAGAAAGAAGUGGGUUAAACAACGCUGCCCUUUCUAUAGCACAGGAUAUUGUGUAUGCUGUGAGUAAAAGAAAAAAACUCACCCCCAAACACAUCAAUCUGGGCCUAACUUUACAUCAUGCUACACGGAGUAAACAAUUAGUGAACCUAUUCCAUGCUGCUGGACAUAUUAUCAGCUACCGCAAUGUCCUACAAGCCGACACAAGUUUGGCAACUGUCACACUGCAGAAGUUUGACAAAGAAACUGGAGCAGUGACUCCACCAAAUUUUAAACAUAUGUCAGAAUUCGGGGAUAAUACUGUUCCGGUCCUCCAUGUUACGGCAGACAAUAUUAACCUUAUGCUUGACAGUCUUGAUGGGAAGAAAGUUUUUAAUGCGACGCAAAUGGUUGCUUUUCAACGAGAGGCUGAGCAAACUACUGAGGUUCUCAGCACUAUGACAUUAUCGAAGUCCACAACCUUACAAGUACCACCUGAAUUGAACGAGUUGUGUAGUGUUGGAACGUUCGCCAGACCAGAGCCACACUUUUUGCAUCCUGUGGACGUUGCAUCAUUCACUACUAACGAUCCUUUGGACUUCACUAAAAUGAGUAAUCAUGUGCUCAAGUCCAGAACAGAGGAUAUAACUUUUUUGGUAUCUAGAAUGGAAGCAGACAAAAAAGUUGGAUGGACAGAGUUCAACAAAAAGCAAACGUCUGUUGAACGAGAACCCUCUGCUGUUGGUUUCAUGCCAAUUAUUUUGAAUCCAGCCCAUGAAAUAGAAACUCUCACCACUGUUCUCCAAAGAUGUAUUGCUCUUGGAAAUAGUCUAGGCUACAAGUAUAUUAGUCUUACUGCAGACCAGCAACUCUAUUGCAAGUUGUUAGAAUUGCGAUGGAGUUCACCGGAAUUCAAAGAACGGAUCAUACUGAGAAUGGGUGGCCUCCAUAUAGCCAUGAACUUUCUCCACACAAUAGGGCAGCAUAUGGCUGGUAGUGGCCUUUCAGAAAUUUGGUUGGAAAGCGGAAUUCUCGCUGAGGGGUCAGCUACAAAAGUGCUAGAAGGUAAGGCCUAUGCAAAGGCUAUGCGAGCACACAAACUGACUUUGCAGGCGUUGUGGCGAAUACUUUAUCCACAAAUUCUUGCUUACCUCGAGGACCACCACUUUGAAGAUGAAGAAGAGUUGAGACCUAUUUUUGAUAACCCAGAAUAUCUUCGAGAUUACCUGCAGUCUUCCGAAGUUCUUUCCCACAUAACCGACUUCUUAAAGCAGCGUUGCGAAGAAGACAAGAAUUUUGCACUUUGGUGGAGUUAUAUGGACAUGGUCUUCAUCCUUCUUAUGUUGACUCGGGGAAUACGAGACGGCGAUUGGGACUGUUACCGUUAUGCUAUUCCGGAAAUAAUUCCGUACACAGCUCUGUACGACCACGGGAAUUAUCUGAAGUCAAUGACUGCAUACAACAUUGAAAUGCACCAAUUACCCCCCGAGGUAGAGUCGCAGUUUCGUUCAGGUGAAUUCGGAGUUGCUAUGUCCAGUCAGAAGUUCUCACAAGUUGAUCCCGACCACGCUCAGGAAUGGCUUGUUGGCACUUGCAAAGAUGUUUCUGGCGGUAUUGUAGGGAUAACUGAAGAUGUGCGAACUUUGCAGCGUUGGGCUUUGUCUCUGCAUUGGCGAAGUGAGAUUGCUGCAAACACCUACGCCUCAUAUGGCAUACAGAGAAAGGACACUUUUAAGGAAGAAGGAAAUUCCCGUCGCACGAGAGAUAUCUCUGAUGAAGAUGCUUUACUACGUACAAUGGAAACAAUGGAGCUGCUGUCUCCUGAAGUAUCCGGAGUUGUAUGUAACAUCGCUACGAAAGAUAGAGGCACAAGUAAAAUAUCAGAAGCUCUUCUCUGUGCCAAGAAACGUGGAAAUGAACUCGUUCAUGCGUUUGUUUCACAACGACUCAUAAAGGACCCUGAAACUGGAAAGCCAAAAUUAAGUUACUAUGCAACCGUGCCAAAAAAUAAGUCACCAACUUUACAAUACCUUCACAAAGAAAAAUCGGCCGCGGGUUCCACAGAAUUGAAGAAAGAUGGCCGAGACUUUCUCCACACUCUUGUAGUAGCUUAUGAUGCAGGUAGAAAAGUAGACUUGAAUUCUAUUCCGAGACAUGAGCUUUGCAAUGUUCCUAUAUCGUUGGCUCUUAUGAAUGGCGACUUAAGACCAGCUGAAAAGGCCUCCAUUGUAAAGGAAAUAACUAAAAAUAUAGACUGCCCGAGUUCAAUAGCAAUCAACAAAAAUUCUGCUUGUCUUAUAAUAGAUGGGAUGGCAUUCGUUCAAGCACUGGUGAGAACACUCACAGGGAAAUACUUCAGUGAUAUUGCAUGUGCUUUCAACAAGAGAAUUGAAGCCUACAGUUCCCAGUAUGAUGAAGUUCAUGUGGUAUUUGAUCGAUACCGCUAUCUUUCUGUGAAGGCAGAUACAAGAAAACACAGAGGAAAGGGUUUUGCUCCUGUACGAAGAGUAAUCAAGAACGAGGGAGUUCCCUUACCUAAGAAUUGGAGCAGCUUCCUCGCCCUGUCAGAAAACAAGGCUGACCUCGCGCGCUUCCUGAGCGAAGAAGCCAUGAAACUGCAUCCAGAUAGAUGGCAGCGUAAAAAUCCUCCCGAACCAGACUCCAGAGCCAGAUGGGGGCGCAAAGCGGAGCAUCAGUCAAAGGAGGGGGUGUUGAUCCGCAAAUACAUACCGGAGAGUAGUGAGCUAAUUGCUAAUUGCUAUUUGAGACGGUUGCCGAGCGACAGUGAUUUAGCUGUUCCCUCUCCGGGCCUCCCUGCCAUAAUCUUUCCCGAAUACAGUCGGCCGUGA